AUGGAGGACGACGAGGCCUGGGUUGAUGCAACAGCAGCUCCACGAAUAAGUUCACCAAAUAUGACCGCAACUAACAUUGAGUCGUAUUUUAUGUCGCUGGAAUUUUGGUUUGCAGCUUCAGGUCCCACCGAGCAGGCUGCAGAGCUUCGAUCAAUCAUCGACACGGUGCCCCAGCAAAAUAGGUACGAGUAUGUGAAGGCGAGGUUAACCUCACACUUUGCCGAUAGCCAGCAAAGGCGUUUGCAGCGGGUUCUGUCAGAUAUGCCUUUGGGCGAUAUGAAGCCUAGUCAACUUUUUAACGAGAUGCGUCGAGUCGCAGGCGAUGCUCUGGGCGAAGCGGUUCUGUUGGAUUUGUGGGCCAUACGAUUGCCGCCGCAUGCACAAGCAGCAGUGAUUGCAGUGAAAGGUAACGCCGUGGAUAAAGGCGUCAUCGCGGACGCAAUUGUAGAGUCAAUGGGCCUUCGCACCGUAAGUUCAGUAGACAAACCUACCGCCACUGCGAGCCCCGUUCACCACUCAGGCCAGGAAUCUUCGUCAGCCUUGGAGGCCAUUCAGCGAGAAAUCGCGCAGCUCUCGCGUCGUUUUGAAUCAUUGCAAACGCGUGGCUAUGAUCCGCGAAGACGUUCACGUUCACGAGGCCGCCUCGAGACACCGCGACGACGAGCUAGGUGCAACUCGCCCAACGAAAGCUGCUGGUAUUAUCGGGAGUUUGGAGCCAAUGCGCGCAAGUGUAGGACGCCCUGUGGUUACGUAAGGAAGAAUUCAGGUCAAUGA